AUGGUGGGAAACUGGAGGCAUGGCUCUGUGCGGGAAUGGGGCAGGCCCAAAGACCGGGGCCAGUACCCCCUCCCUCCCUCCCUCCUCCCCUCCUCUCCCUCCUCCCCCUCCUCUCCUCCUCUCCCUCCUCCCUCCUCUCCCUCCCCCCUCCUCCCCUCCUCCCCCUCCUCUCCCUCCUCUCUCCUCCCCCCUCCUCCCCCUCCUCCCCCUCAGUCUCCUCCCCUCUUGUUUCCACAGUCCCUCACACAGCUCAGGCCGACAGCAGCAGCUCUGGUCGCGGUCAUCGAUGGACCAGGGACCGCGCCUCAGUCCGAAGGGACGCGCCGUGCCAGCCCCAGUGAGCGGCCCUCUCAAAUGUGCUCCCAGCUGCUGUGUCAUGGAAACCCCUGUCCAUUUAUCACCCGAGCUACAUAG